AUGCCGACAAGCGAUGGUCCCAGCCGCUUUCCCGUGUUUGUGGCUCCGACUCACGGCAACCAUACAAGGUGUCCUGGUUAUGUUCCGGGACGGGUGGCUCCUGUCCGCUCACCUCCACCUUCCAAAGCUCCACCGCCUCCACCGUUGAAACCACGCGGCCCACCACAGCAGCAACAAAUUACACUAAGCCUGAAUGAAGAAAACCACCGUAGGGAACACGCUCAGAACCUCCAGCGACGGAAGAACACUCUUAUUUGUUGUGGAGUGUCACUGGGUGCAUUCUUCUUUACACUCAUACUUGUCCUCAGUCUUAAAAGUGGAAAUGUGCUAGAUGAGAAUUGUCCAGACCACAACCCAUCUCUAAGUAGUUGGAAUCCAGGUCUCCAACCAGACAAAGCUGUUGUUGUCAAGAGAGGUCAUUUGUUUAGACUGGAAUCCUCUGCCACAUUUCAUUCACUUACCAUUCAAUCAGGAGGUCAGGUAGUUUUUGCUGACAGUGUUGACGCUUCUAAUAACAUAACCUUAAGGACUCAUCACAUUCUCAUAGAAGAUGGCGGAGCCCUUCAUAUUGGGUCACCCAAAUGCCGCUACCGUUCUCGUGCAACCAUUGCCCUUAUAGGCCGCUCAGACAACAAGGCUAUCCCUGAGGUUCCAGGCCUGGGCCGCAAAUUUAUUGGCGUUAAAAGCGGGGGAACUCUAGAGCUGCAUGGUACUGAGAGAGUUUCCUGGUCACUGCUAACCCGAAGCAUCCCAACAUCUGGGCUUUCCACGGGGGGUUAUGCCUUCCAGAAGAACUUCAGCCGGGGCAUCAACCUGCGUGUGUUUGACCAAGACACAUCUGCUUUGCUCUUCGACAGACGUUAUGACACUCACGAGUCCCGUAACGACAGUCAUUGGCUCACCCAGCUCCUACGUUCCCUGCCAGAAGGCCGCAUAGUUGCACUGGCUGUGGGAGACUCUGCUGUCAAAAAUUUGUUAGAUGAAACCAAGAAUGCCUUUAAGGAGAUACUUGGCAGCAGAUUUUCUUAUGAUCUCAAAUACAGACAAGCAUGGGCUUUGGUCUCUGUGGUGGGAGGUGGUAACACGUCAUGCUCUGAGGAUGUGAGAGAACAUGAAAACCUCAACACAGGAGGAAGAGCUCUAGCGAGGUGUAACUUUACCACUGUAGAUGGAGCCGGCUUCUCCGUCACUGCAUACAGCGAGUGGAAGAACGGUUACCCCAUUAUGGGCUUCCAAGUGGAUGCUACAGACCAGGUGGUGCUAAACCUGCAGGAGAAGGUGCAGCAGACCUGGAAACCAGGCGAUAACAUUGUAGUUGCCAGUACAGACUACUCCAUGCACCAGGCUGAAGAGUUUACUCUGCUGCCCUGCCCCGACUGUACCAGCAGACAAGUCAGGAUCCAAGGGAAACCUCGUUAUAACCAUGUUGGUGAAAUCAUUGAUGGAGUCGACAUGCGUGCUGAAGUGGCUCUGCUCUCUAGAAACAUUCUCAUCUAUGGAGAAAUGGAAAACUCCUGCUAUGGAAACAAUAAGUGCCAGUUCUUUAACCACGACACCUUUGGAGGCCACAUCAAGAUCUUGGCUAACUUCUCGUCAGUGCAUCUGUCCCACGUGGAGUUGAAGAACAUGGGUCAGCAGCGAGAAAAAGGGCGCUACCCACUCCACUUUCACCUGUGUGGGGAUGUCGACCAGAGGGGAGGCUAUCGGGAGCCCACCUAUGUUGACGGACUUUCCAUACAUCACUCCUUCUCUCGCUGUCUCACCGUCCACGCCACCAAUGGCUUGCUGGUGAAGAACACUGUUGGUUAUGACACAUUGGGCCACUGUUUUUUCCUUGAGGAUGGAAUUGAACAGCGGAACACUUUCUACCACAACCUUGGCCUGUUGACUCAGCCCGGGACUCUGCUGCCGACAGACCGCAACGACACUUUGUGCAUCGCCAUCAGGGACAACGUCUACAAGGGCUACACUCCCUCACCAAGCACUGAGUGCAAGGCAGUCUCUACAUUCUGGAUCGCUAACCCCAACAACAACCUCAUCAACAAUGCAGCUGCAGGAUCUCAGGAUGCUGGUAUAUGGUUUGUAUUUCACAGCUCUUCUACUGGAGACUCUCACGGGCUGGUGCCAGAAACCAAGGCAGAGCUCACACCUCUUGGGAUUUUUUACAACAACCGUGUGCACUCCAACUUUAAGGCAGGGCUGUUCAUUGAUAAAGGAGUGAAGACUACCAAUGCCAGCGCCGCUGAUCCACGGGAAUACCUCUGUCUAGAAAACAGUGCCAGGUUUCGACCGCAUCAGAAUUCGAACCCCACUCGUCCCCGUGUGGCAGCAGUCAUCGACACCCUGAUCUCCUUCAAGAACAAUGACUUAGGAGCGUGGAUUCGAGGAGGAGACAUUAUCAUCCAGAACUCGGGCUUUGCAGACAAUGGAGUAGGACUGUCCUUUGCCAGUGACGGUAGCUACCCUAAAGAUGAAGGCUCCAGCCAGGAGGUGACACAGUCCUUGUUUGUGGGUGAAAGCAGAAACAGAGGAACGAACGGAGGACAGAAUAAAUACUGGGGAGUAGGAGGGACUGAUGGAAAGAUGAGGACACUGCCUAGAAACAGGACGUUCCCAAUUCGAGGUUUUCAGAUCUAUGAUGGCCCAGUGCGGCUCACACAAAGUACAUUUCGAGGGUUCAUCCCCACACCGGAGCGUUAUACCAGUGCAGUGGGAUUCAACCUGAAGAAUACGUGGCAGCUGACUCCAAGAAACAACCUGUCCCAGCUCAGCUUCCACCCCUCUGUGGAUCUUCGAGCGUUCUUUGGACGUCCAGGACAGUGGUUUGAAGAGAACGACUUGGAUGGUGACAAAAACUCCAUCUUUCACGAUGUUGAUGGGUCAGUAACGGGUUAUAGGGACUCCUAUGUCGGCCGAGCAGAUAAUUACCUAAUACAACAUCCUGGCUGUGUGAAAAUACCCCGGUGGAACGGAGUAACCUGCAGCGGCCGCUACUCCCAGGUGUAUAUCCAGACAUGGGGAGCUCCUGGCCUCAGUUUGUCCAUCAGCAGAGAUGAAUACCCUGAUUCUCCUCUGGUACUGAGGGGGAUUAACAGCCAGGGGGCGUCAUCUCAGCAGUACCAGCCUGUCCUGAUGAUGAGCAAGAGCUACACUCUGCACUGGAGUGGACCUGCACCCAGAGAGCUGGUGCUCUCUCUCAUCAAUUUUGAUAAAGGUGCCUGGGUCCUGGUGGGACUCUGUUACCCAUCAGACACCACGUUUCAGAUCAUGAGUGACAUUUACGACAGGCAAAGGAACGUAUUUGAUGACAUUAUGGACUACGGCACCGUGUCGUCUCUUGCUGAGCUGGAGGCAAAACCGAUGGAAAGGAAAUACUUCUUUGACCAACCUGUUGGCUUACUGUGGUUCUACCUUCGGGCCCGGCAUGGUCGUGACGGUCACAGCUACUGUUCAGCAAAAGGCUGCGAACGAGUUAAAGUCACAGCCACAACAAAGUCUAAACAGACCUGUAACUGCACAGCUAAAGCCUACCCCAAGUACUCCAAAACACCCUCAGAAGUGCUGUCCUUGCCAGCUCUAAACACACAGCCCUGCAAAAACUGUGGUGCUCAGCAGUUUGUGUUUUCUAGUGAGCCGUGGACUUCCUAUCUUCAGACACAAGUGAAGUCUCUCAGCACCAAAGAGCAGCAGAAAGGAGAUAACACCUCCUUUAUCACUGUGAAUGAAGUGACCAUGUCCUUCUCUCAGCCUGGGUUUUUCCUGGUCUUGGUGGAUGCCUGCUCUGGAAAAGUCAACCAGGAAACCUCGUUUGCUAAGAUGAAUACUAAGAUGGAACAGUUCCUGAAAACUGCAAUUCCAAAGCGGUCAAUUGUCCUCAUAGCAACUCGAGGUCAGCCUGAGGGCCUGGCUCAAUUGGCACCACAUCUAGUCUCCUUUGGUCUGGCCAAAGCUGCUGAUCUGCAGAGUAAAGAAAGUCUGGUAAUGUGGGGCUUCCUGGGUGGUUCUUUACCCCCUUCGUGGGUUUCACUGCAAACGGGGCAAGGCGAUGAUGUCCUGGGGGUGCAGGAGCGCUACUUGCCCUUGGGUUUGGAGUCUUAUGGCUGUUCGCCACCUGCAGCUCGAACACGCACAGACUUGGAGCUUCUCAGAAAAGCCGCAGGGCCACAGUAACCAAUGUGAACUGUAAUACUUGCCUACCCGGACUCAUUCUUGCACACAGAUACACAAACACACAGCCAGCUGAUGAAUGUGAACUGCUGAACUUUUAAUUUAUUACCAGUGACAAAGAUAUCACAAGUGGAAAAGGAGUAUUGAUAUGA